AUGGAGGUUCCCACUUCAUUAACAAACUGCUUGAGGGACUUCUCAAGAAGAACGAUUGUGGGGAUUACAAGGAAGGAUUGGUCUAAUAAGCUUGACGAUGCACUUUGGGCUUAUAGGACAGCGUACAAGACACCACUGGGUACCACACCUUUCAACCUAGUGUAUGGGAAAGCUUGCCAUUUGCCAGUGGAGCUUGAGUACAAGGCACUAUGGGCAAUAAAGUUGCUGAACUUUGACAUCAAGAGUGCCAAGGAGAAAAGGCUCUUUCAGCUACACGAGCUUGAUGAGAUAAGAAUGGAUGCUUUCGAGAACUCAAGAAUCUACAAGGAGAAGACUAAGGCUUUCCAUGACAAGAACAUCCUGAAGAGAGAGUUUAAAGAAGGAGACCAAGUUCUUCUCUACAACUCUAGGCUGAAGUUGUUUCCAGGAAAGCUUAAGUCAAGGUGGUCGGUCCUUUCAAGGUCAAGGAGGUUAGACCAUAUGGAGCAAUAG